UUUACACACUUCCCAAUGCAGUGGGGUGGAAUCCUCGGAAGUCCGUGCUUCUUCUUCGACCAUAUGUCUUCUUUUAGGAAGAACGAGGGUAAGCCUCUCUCACUACACUCCCCCCCCCCCCCCCCCCCGGCGUCUCUAUCUAGUACUUUCCGCGUAGAAAGACGACCGUGGACAAACCCUCUACCAAGGCAGUGAUGUUUCGAGGCUCAACGUAACGAGUGGUUUACACCAGAGGAAUAGGUGGGAGACGAACAUGGCGAAGUGCCAACGCAACGGCGUCUUCGAGACGGUGGUGGUCGAUCGAGGCGGCGGUUGCGGCCGAGGAGACUCGUUCCGCCGCAUGAUACUAAACACCAUGCGGUGCGGGGGCCCACGAAGCCAUCGCCACGGAGCCAAGCAGUGGGCGGCGGAGAAGCCGACAAAACAGAGGGAUCCGAAGCAGAGACCCGAAUGCGGACCCGAAAAGGAGAAGGAGAAGGAGAAGAAGAGGAACGGGGGAUCCGAGAAGCUGUCGGAGCUGCUGAGGCUGUCGGACGCGGAGGCGGAGGCGGCGGAGGAGGCGAAGGUGAGGAGGAAGGUGGAGGCGCUGGAGGAGCUGAAGGGAGUGGUGAAGAAAUUGCAGAUGGAUGGCGACGACGACGUUUUUAAGGGGGCGGUCGAGGUGAGGCGGGUUGCGAAGGAGAAUCCGGAGGCGAGGAGUAACCUGGCGUUGAUGGGAGCGAUUCCGCCGCUUGUUUCGUUGCUGGAUUCGGAGAAUGUCGAGUCUCAGGUCGCCUCGCUCUAUGCUCUUCUCAACCUCGGCAUCGGCAAUGAAGAAAACAAAUCUGCCAUUGUUAAAGCUGGAUCCAUUCACAAGAUGCUAAAGCUCAUUGAAUCUCCAAAUGGACCUCCAAAUGCAGCUCUUGCCGAAGCAAUAGUUGCAAAUUUUCUUGGCUUGAGUGCUCUGGACUCCAAUAAACCAAUUGUUGGUUCUUCGGGUGCAAUCCCAUUCUUGGUGAAAACCUUAAAAGAUGUCGAUAAAACAAGCAGCAGUCAGGCGAAGCAAGACUCUUUACGCGCACUCUAUAAUCUUUCAAUCUCACCUCUGAAUGUACCACUGAUUUUAGACACCGAUUUAGUACUGUUUCUCUUUAGUAGAUUGGGAGACAUGGAAAUUAGUGAAAGGAUCCUCUCGAUUUUGGGCAAUAUCGUAUCGACUAGUGAAGGUCGAAAAGGCGUCAGCAUUGUGCCGGAUGUGUUGCCAAUUCUAAUUGAUGUUUUGAAUUGGACCGACUCACCGGGGUGUCAAGAGAAGGCAUCGUAUAUACUAAUGAUUAUGGCUCACAAAUCGUAUGGGGAUCGGCAAGCCAUGAUUGAGGCUGGAGUUGCUUCACCGCUGCUGGAGCUCACGCUUUUGGGAAGCACAUUAGCGCAAAAAAGGGCUUCUAGGAUCUUAGACCGUUUGAGAGUGGAUAAAGGGAAACAAGUUUCGGAAAGCUUUGGAGGUGGUAUGGGUGCUAAUGUGUCUGCUCCUAUAUGCGGAUUUUCAUCAAAAUCUGCAGACCCAAAUCUUGAACUGGUCGAGUGUUUGGAGGAAGAAGAAGGAAUGAUGAGCGAGGAGAAAAAAGCGGUAAAGCAAUUAGUCCAACAGAGCUUGCAGAACAACAUGAGGAGGAUGGUGAAGAGGGCCGAUUUGCCGCAAGAUUUUGUGCCAUCCGAUCAUUUGAUCAAGUCUCUCACAUCUAGUUCAACUUCUAAGAGCUUGCCAUUGUGAGAUGAAUAGAAGUUUGAACAAAGUCAGAAGUUAGUCUCCUCUUCAUCAGUCUUAGACCCUUUAUGUCCAUUGUAGCUUGUUGUAUAAACCAGUUUAGUUAGCAAUAUUUGUGAAAAUUAUAUGUCAUUGGUAGAACAUCUUUGGGAACUUUGUCCGUUUAAUAAGAUCCCUUUUUCUAUAAA